AUGGAUGUAGUGACGCCGCAUAUCAGCUCCGUGCUGAAGACGUACCAGGCGAGCGCGCCGCGCAGCCUGCAGGGCCCGGGGCGAGGCCGCGCCGGGACGCCCACCGCGCCCGCGCGUGCCCCGCCGCCGGCCCCGGUGCCCCGCGCGCCCGCCGCGCCGCCCCUGCUGCUCGCCCCCGACCCGGUGGUGGGCGAGCGCGGCGAGACGCUGCUGGAGGGCGAGCCCAUCUCGUGCUUCAGCGUGGGCGGCGAACGGCGGCUGUGCCUGCCGCAGAUCCUGACCUCGGUGUUGACAGACUUCAGCCUCGAGCAGAUCAACCGCGUGUGCGACGAGCUGCAAAUCUACUGCUCGCGCUGCACGGGCGAGCAACUGCACGAGCUGAAGGCGACGGGUGUGCUGCCGCGCUCGGCCCCCUCGUGCGGCCUCAUCACACAGACGGACGCGGAGCGAUUGUGCGCGGCGCUGCUGCACGCGCCGGCCGCCGCGCGCCCUCACAAGCUGCCAGGUUUUCGCGUCUACCACGAGUGCUUCGGGGGUGCGCGCGGCGUGUGCGCGCCCGCGCUGGGCCUGGUGCAGUGCGCCGAGUGCCGCGCGCUGUACGGGCCGCGCCGCUUCGUGUGCCACUCGCACGCCACCGAGCACCGCACCUGCCACUGGGGCUUCGACUCGGCACGCUGGCGACGCUUUCUGCUGGUGGCGGACGAGGAGGCGGAGCAGGAGAAGUGCGGCGCCUUGCUCGAUGACAUGGCGGCGCGCGACCGCGACACCGCGCACGCGCACGCACCACUCAAAAGAAAACAGGUGGUGGAGACGGUGGUGUGCAAGCCGGAACCGCCGGACUCGCCGCCGAAGAAGGCGCGCGGCGAGGACUACGGUUACGCCCUGUACCUGGACCCGUACGCCCACCUGCCCUACCGCGCCGCGCCCGCCUUCCGGCCCUGGGGCAAGGCGGAGCCCACGCUGCUGCACCCCGAGCGCGUCGUGCGACUGGCUGACUGCGCGCGCUUCGAGCGCGACUUCCAGCCCAACGUCGCGCUCAAGCCGCUGACGCCACCCGUCGACGACGUGACGUCGUCCACGUCGCCGCCGCCGCACGCCGAGGGCGAGCUGACGGCGCGGCUGCUGGACGCCGAGGCGCGGCUGGCGGAGCGCACGCGCCGGCUGGAGGAGCGCGAGGCGGCGGUGGCGCGGCGCGAGGCUCGUCUCGACCAGCGCGAGCGGGAGCUGGACCGGCGAGAGCGCGCCGCCGACCACGCCGAGGACAACAAGCCGGAGCGGGGGGAGUCGGAGACACGGGAGUCCCGGGAGUCGCGGGAGUCGCCGGCGUGUUGACCCGCGCGAGUCAUCACGCGCCUCGCGGCCGUGACGCGUCGCGCGCCGGACGCUCAGUGAAGUCGAUAGCGACGACGCAGUACAAAACUUUGAGGUGCUGAAUGAUUUGUAAAAACAUUAAGAAAUUUAAUUUCGUUCGGAAACGUCAUGUGUAUGAAACUUCAAAAUGUUUUUUUUUGUCUAUUGUACGACAUAUUUAUAGAUGCUUACUGUUGUAAAACGAUAUGUCCCGUUGACUGUGCGCGGUGCGGUGCGGCGAGGUAUCCGCCAGCAGCGCGCCGGCGGCAGCGGGCUCUGUGUAUUGUAUAGACGCUGCAGUUAAAGGACAGACAAAUACAGUUGUACAUAUGUUCAUAUCAAGUACAGUUUUGUGAGAUCACAUGUUAUUUUCUACGUAAUAGCCAGUUAUUUUCCUUGUAGACUCUUCGAUGUGUGCCAUUCUGAAGGCACAGCCGUUGCCUCUCCGUGUAACCUCACUCUGUGCUUUUUUAACCAAUAAUUAAUGAAAUACUCAAGUUUAAUAAUAUAGUGAAAUAGUUGAUAAAGCCUAAAACGGUAAGCAUAAUUUAUACAGGGUUAUUCUUAAGUUUUUUUACACAACCGUUGUAUUAAUCAGGUUCUUUUUUAAAUACACUCUUUUUCUACCUGUCAUCGUUAUACUACGCUACGACACACAUACAAACAUGCAAUUAACAUUUAUAUUUAUUUUACUCGUCAUACUACGUACAUAUAAUAAUGUUAUACUGAUAAACAUAUCAAAAUGUUUUAUAUAAAUAACACAAGUACUGAUGAGACAGACGUUUUACAAAUGUAUAUGUUACUAAUCCUAUAUAAAUGACUCUGUAUAAACUUCAUAAACCAAAUAAUAACAUGACAUGAUUUACAUAAUUCAUGUACAUACAAAAAAACUGAGAAUUGUGCUCCGUUUUGACGUAGUUUAGUUUUUUUGUUA